AUGAAGCGCAAGACAGAUGAGACAGGCUCCCAGGCCAAUGGACUUCCUGAGUCCAAGAAGCGUGCACUCUCCAGUGAAGAAGCCAUCGCACGCUUUCGCGAUGGUUUGUUCGAAGCUAAGGAGCAGCAGAAGUACACCGACGAAUAUGCAAAGUCGAGCCCGUGUGUUCUACAAAUCUCAAAUAGCUUUCCAAGACCUAGAGCUGACCAAUUCGACCCAUUUAGCUACUACCAUGGAGUCAUUCACGAAUUGAUCGAACCCUCGUUGCUGCGAUCAGUCCGUGAGGAGAUUCAAGCGCAGGUGGACUUCACCGAGAAGGAGACCGACAUCUAUAAAAUUUUCCAGUCAGGCGACCUGGCCAACCUGGAUGGUCUCGACGACAAAUCGCUAGCCAAGCUGCCGUAUCUUCUGAAGCUCCGUGAUGCUAUGUACUCGGCUCGAUUUCGGGAAUACUUGUCUGCCGUGACCGGUUCGGGCAAGCUCAGCGGUCGCAAGACCGACAUGGCCAUCAAUGUCUACACUGAAGGGUGUCACCUUCUGUGCCACGACGAUGUCAUCGGCAGUCGACGAGUGAGCUAUAUCCUCUAUCUGACCGACCCCGAUACCCCCUGGCAAGCGGAGUGGGGUGGUGCCCUGCGUCUCUACCCGACCAAAACAGAGAAGGACGCCAAGGGUGAAGCGGUCACGAUUCCUAGCCCCGAUUACAGUCUCUCCAUUCCUCCGGCAUUCAACCAACUCAGCUUUUUCACCGUGCAGCCGGGCGAGAGCUUCCACGAUGUCGAGGAAGUGUACCACCACGGCGAAGGGGAGGACAAGUCCAAGAAGCGCGUGCGUAUGGCCAUCAGCGGAUGGUUCCAUAUUCCCCAAGAGGGCGAGGACGGCUAUGAGGAAGGUCUUGAAGAGAAACUCGCUGAACGCAGCAGUUUGGCCCAGCUUCAAGGUCGAGGCGAUAUCUACGAUCUGCCUCAACCUCAACCGGUAUCAUGGGAAGAGCCCGAGGUUAAGGGCAAGGGUAAGGGUAAAAUGGAAGAAGAAAACGAGGGCAAUGAGUUUAAUGAGACCGAUUUGGAAUUCCUUGUGCAGUAUCUCGCGCCGUCAUACCUGACACCCGAUAUUGCCGAGGAGAUGUCCGACGCUUUCGCCAGCGAAUCCUCACUCAGCCUUGAGAGCUUCCUCAACGAGAAAUUUGCUUCCCGUAUCAGUGCCUAUAUUGAGGAUCAGGAGAGACAAACCCUGCCCGCCUCUUCGGAAGAAAUUGAAAAGCAGACCGAGUGGACCGUGGCUCGACCGCCGCACAAGCAUCGGUACCUGUACCAGGAACCAUCGGCAGAUGAUACAUCCAACCCCAUCAAGGAAUUGCUGAAUGUGGUCUUCCCAUCACAGGCAUUCCGGAAAUGGCUAUCUCUGAUCACCGGUGUAGACCACCUCCAGAGCCAUAAUUUCCUUGCCCGCCGUUUCCGUCGCGGCGCCGACUACACACUGGCCAGUGGCUAUAGUGGUGAGGAGCCACGGCUGGAGUUUACUCUCGGCCUGACUCCUACCAUUGGAUGGGAGAAGCAAGAAGACAAUGCAGAGGAAUCUGAUGAUGAUAAUGAAAAUGGAGAGCCACCGUCUUCAUCAAAGGCUCAGGAGAAGGUCGAGAGCGCGGCCGCCGAGCACCCGUCCGUGGGUGGUUAUGAAAUCUAUAUGGCUGGUGACGAUGAUGAAGAAGAGGAUGAAGAUGAAGAAAACGCAGACCAGGUGCUUCGAAAGAAGACCAAGGCCGACCCUGCUAUCUACCGAUCUGCCGGUGCCGACGAGGAUGAUGGAAUUCUCUUCAGCACCCAGGCAGGAUGGAACCGACUCAGCAUUGUACUGCGUGACAGUGGUACCUUGAAGUUCGUCAAGUAUGUCAGUGCAGCAGCUAAGGGAGAUCGAUGGGAUAUCACCGCAGAUAUCGGAGUGGAGUUUGAAGAAGAUGACGAUGAUGACGAGAUGGAAGAUGAGGAAUAG